UUAUCAGUUUGGUUAUUCCAUUUGUAUACGAAAAGUCGAGAUUUAUUAUCUUGCUGACUGCACCCACUGACUCGGAGCAAAAACACGGAGAGAAAGUCAGUUAGUUGUGAGUUGCGACCAAACGUUAAGAAGUGACAGGCGUUUGUCCGGCCACCUGUGCAGUACAGUGAAAUUUUAAUAGUAAAAGUUGAUUGUUCCCCUCAUUAGACUAGCCCUGUGUGUGAUAAGCUCUAGCUCAUUUGUAGGAGGUGAGGCCACGUGAAGUGAAAUAUUUAGUUUGGAUGCCGUAUCGACAAUACUAGAUUUGUGUAACGUCUAAGAAGCUACAAGCUUGAACAAGGAUGUUGAUGUAAUGUGAAGUGAACAACAAUAUAAAACUGUGUAUAUGUUAGUGAUAUUGUAGAUUUGAUCGGACUUAUAGUGAAUCAUUAAUUAAAUUUAAAUUGGUGCUCGAUAAAAGAAUUGAUGAAGUAAGUUUAGUAGUUUGGAAUAGUGUUGGGAGUGUGUCCAAAAUGUUGGCGUCAUCGACUUUAUCGGCGAGUCUAAAUCGUCAUUCAUUAUCAAGCAUGUUCCAGAAACGAACGAGACCCAUACUGACGGGCCGUCCAGAGAAGCCACUGCCUGCGUUGUCGGCGCGGCCACCGCCCCCCACAGCGAUAGUUCCCCGCGCGGCGGACGGCCCACGCCCGCCAGGAUGGAACGGCCAGCCUCGACGACACGGCUCCAGUAGGUUUAAUGUGCAACAUCACAAUCAGGAGCUCGUCAAAUUACCGCCAAUCAAAGAUGCGCCGGCGGGUGAGCGGGAGCAGCUGUUCGUGCAGAAGCUGCGGCAAUGCUGCCUGCUGUUCGACUUCGCGGACGAGCCGCUGUCGGACCUUAAAUGGAAGGAGGUGAAGCGAGCCGCGCUGCUUGAGAUGGUCGAGUACGUCACCUCGCAGCGCGGCGUCGUCACCGAGGCUAUAUACCCAGAAGCAGUCAAUAUGUUUGCAAUCAACUUAUUCCGUACAUUACCGCCGUCGUCAAACCCGAACGGUGCGGAGUUUGACCCGGAGGAGGACGAGCCGACGCUGGAGGCGGCCUGGCCCCACCUGCAGCUUGUCUACGAGCUCUUCUUGCGGCUGCUGGAGUCGCCAGACUUCCAGCCUAAUGUCGCCAAGAAAUAUAUUGACCAGAAGUUUGUGCUACAGUUACUGGACUUGUUCGACACGGAGGACCCGCGAGAACGCGACUUCCUGAAGACCACGCUGCACAGGAUAUACGGAAAGUUUCUGGUGUUGCGCGCCUACAUAAGGAAACAGAUUAAUAAUGUAUUUUAUAGGUUUAUCUACGAGACGGAACACCACAACGGCAUCGCGGAGCUGCUGGAGAUCCUCGGCUCCAUCAUCAACGGCUUCGCGCUGCCGCUCAAGGAGGAGCACAAACUCUUCUUACUCAGGGUGCUGCUGCCGCUGCACAAGGCGAAGUCGCUGUCGGUGUACCACCCGCAGCUGGCCUACUGCGUCGUGCAGUUCCUGGAGAAGGACCCCUCGCUCACGCAGCCCGUCGUCAGGGCGUUAUUAAAAUACUGGCCGAAGACUCACUCGCCGAAGGAGGUGAUGUUCCUGAACGAGAUGGAGGAGAUCCUCGACGUGAUAGAACCUGCGGAGUUCCAGAAGAUCAUGGACCCGCUGUUCCGGCAGCUCGCCAAGUGCGUCUCCAGCCCACACUUUCAGGUGGCGGAACGCGCGCUGUACUACUGGAACAACGAGUACAUAAUGUCGCUGAUAUCGGACAACGCGACACACAUCCUGCCCAUCAUGUUCCCCUCGCUGUACCGCAACACCAAGAGCCACUGGAACAAGACCAUACACGGCCUCGUCUACAACGCGCUCAAGCUCUUCAUGGAGAUGAACCAGAAACUCUUCGACGAGUGCACGCAGCAUUACAAACAAGAGAAACAAAGAGAAAGGGAGCGUUUAUUGUACCGCGAGGAGCUGUGGCUGCGGAUAGAGGCGUGCGCGGCCGCCGCCAACCAGGGCGCAGCGCCUGCGCACGCCCCGCCCCCAUCACACAUCGCCCCGCCCCCACCACACAACGCCCCGCCCCCCGCACACCUCGCCAACAACGCAGACAACGCGCGUCGCCUCGACCGCGAACACACUGAGACGAGAAAGCCGGUGUACAACAACAGCAGUAAGCCGUUAAUUCGCAAGAAGUCAGAGUUACCAGCGGACAGUGCCACUGUGCACGCCCUCGCUGAGCACAAGCGUGCAGAUGCAUUCCUCCCCACGCCGCCGGACCCUGACAGAUGCUAACACGUCCACACCAUACAACACCCCGACACCAGCCCCAGACACGCCCCAACACACCCCAACCACGCCCCUUCACUGUCUACCCUAUAACAAACAACUUACGGUUUUGCCCUCACGCUGAUACGAUAUUGAAAAAAGAGUUUUAUACACGUAAUAACGGUUCAAAAGAGAUCAUUAUUUUGGGCACAGUAUUCAAAAUUUGAUAUUAUUAAAAGAUUUUCUCUGAAAACUGCAAUAUGAAGAAAGUUAUCUGUUAUAUUGCAGUUUUAUAUAUAUUUAAAUAUGGCGGUUAAUUUCAAAUAAGACUUUUUCUGUUAAAUAAGUUUGU